UGAAUUAUUUCGGACGUGUCAAAGUGAAAUGCAAUAUAAAAUAUAAUGAACAUUACAGAUAAAGAAAAUGUUUUUGAAUUUAAAAAAAAAGAAAGAAUAGAUUCUACUUCUGUGAAGUGGGAUGCAAAUGGGAUCGUUUUGCGCGUUUUUGUUCUUGUCACGUGUCUCAAAAUACUUUUAAUUCCCACGUAUCAUUCCACAGAUUUCGAGGUUCAUCGCAACUGGCUUGCUAUAACGCACAAUUUACCGAUUAAGGAAUGGUAUGUUAAUACCAAAUCACAAUGGACUCUGGAUUAUCCGCCGUUAUUUGCAUGGUUUGAAUAUCUUCUUAGUCAUGUGGCAGCAUUUGUUGAUCCAGAGAUAGUUAAAGUGGAAAAUCUAAACUAUGCUUCAUUGGGUACUAUCUACUUUCAAAGAUGUUCUGUUAUAUUUUUGGAUUUACUGUUUGCUUAUGGAAUAAGAGAAGUUGGAAAAGUAUUCUGUACAUCAUUUGAUAGCUAUGCUAUUUUUAUAAUUCUAUCACUAUGCAACAUGGGAUUGUUGGUAGUGGACCAUAUACAUUUCCAAUAUAAUGGAUUUCUACUUGGUAUUUUAUUACUAGCUAUUGCAAAUGUUUGCAAAGUAAACGAUCAGAUAUCUAUCUUACGAGGAACUUUAUAUUUUGCCCUACUGUUAAACAUGAAGCACAUUUAUUUGUACGUUGCACCAGUUUUUGUAGUCUGGCUGCUUAAAUCAUAUUGUAUGAAUAGUGGUCAGUUCUUUAAGCGUCUGUUUCUCCUUGGAAGCAUAGUUGCCAUCACUUUGGUGAUUUCGUUUGGUCCAUUUGUGUUUCAGUUACCUCAGGUAUUAUCAAGACUGUUUCCAUUUAAAAGAGGUCUAGUGCAUGCAUACUGGGCUGCAAAUGCCUGGGCACUGUAUAUAGGCCUAGAUAAAGUACUAUCGAUAAUUCUAAAACAAUUAGGUUGGCUCGAAAUGACGAAAUUAGCAGUAAUGACUGGUGGUCUGGUACAAGAACAGUCGUUUAUAGUAUUACCAACGCCUACUCCACUCGUAACAUUUUUGUUAACUCUCUUUUCGAUGUUGCCUGCAUUAUACAUCCUACUUUUCAAACACUGUACUUCAAAUUCAAAGCAGUUUGUACAAUGCAUAGUUCUCUGUGCUUUAUGUUCAUUCAUGUUCAGUUGGCAUGUACAUGAGAAAGCUAUUUUGACUGCUAUUAUUCCAUUAUGCAUUUUGGCUGUGAUAAACAAAGAUGAUGCUAGAAUAUUUUUAAUUUUAAGCAAUACUGGGCACGCUGCGCUCCUACCGCUACUUUAUCCAAACAAUUUGACACCAUUAAAAAUAUUGUUACUUCUAACAUACAUGGUUGCAUCUUUUCUGGUAUUGUCUAGAAAAUUCAAGCAACGUUUACUUCAUUUUCACGAAUACAUAUAUGUUAUUAGUCUACCAUUGUUAACAGUAUAUGAGACUAUAUUCCACAAAUUGAUCUUUGCUAAUAAACUACCAUUUUUACCUCUGGCCCUUACUUCGGUAUAUUGCUCAGUAGGAGUAUGUUACUCUUGGAUGCUUUACUAUUACAUGUUCUUACAAUAUUGUAGUAACAUCAAUGACCAAAGAAAAAAAAUUGACUAACAACAUUGUAACCGUCCCCCGUGCGGGAUCAAUUUAAAUGGAUAAUAAAUUGUUAAUUGAACAAAAAUAAUGCUUUAUUAUA